UCAUUUGUAAUUGACAAAAACCGGAUAAAAAACUUUUCAUUAUCAAUCCAAUAUAUAUAGGUUAUCAGUGGAAAUUCAACAGAUAAUACAAACAAAAUGGUGACCGAAGCUGAUCUAAUGAAAUUCAAAGUACCCGAAUUGAGGCAAAAGCUUCAGGAAUUGGGUCUACAACCUCGUGGUCUAAAAGCCGAUCUUGCUCGACAGCUUGCAGAUGCAUUGAAUCAGAUCGAAUUGCAGCAACAACAACAACAACAACAAAGAUUUCAGCAAUUCCAGACAAAUCAAAUGUCAACACAAGUGCUGCUACCGCAACAACCAAUUGACCAGAUUAAUCAUCAACAUCUUCAACAGCAGCAACAAAUUUUACUUUUUCAACAACAACAACAGCAAGCUCAACAACAACUUCAACAGCAAUUGUUAAUUCAGCAGCAGCAGCAACAACAACAACAACAGGCCCAAUUUCAAGAAUAUCAACAACUACAGCAACAACAACAACAAUUUGAGCCAUAUCUUAAUCAAAUUCAAAUUCAACAACAACAACCUCAACCACCACCGCAAUUACAAUCACCAUCUCAACAACCACAACAACAGCAACUUUAUAUUGUACAACCAACACAAAGAACGAUUGUUGUGCAGCCACCAGUACCGGAAGUACAACAACAUCAACCAAUUGUAAUGCAACAAAUGACCGAAACAAUGCCUAGCAUUGUUGAUAUUCCAAGUAUUGAAUCACAAUCACAAAUUCAGCAAGAACAACAACCACAAUUAAUUGAAGAGCCAUUGCAAUUAGUUAAUAAUUUGGCUGAGCAAGAAGUAUAUUUUCAACAACAACCACCAUCAUCAAAACAGGAAGAAAUGAUUCAAGAAUCGAGAUCAGAACAAGAAAUCCAAGAACAACCUCAAGUACAACAAGAAUUCCAACCAGUAAUGGAAGGUAAUUAUAUUGAUCAACAAAUUUCAUUCGACAAUGUUGUCGAUGAUUCUGCACAAGAACAACAAGCCGGUCAAGAAGACCAAAAGUCUAUUAUGGAUGAAUAUUCGAAUACGGUUAUGCAAGAUAGCGAUUAUUGUUACCAACAACAGCAUCAACAAGAGGAAAAAGAAGAAGAAAAAACCGUGCAACAUGAAGAAACUGAACUGAUCUCAAAACCACAAGAAGAAGAGGAAUUGAAAUACGAGCAACAGCAGCAGCAACAACAAUUCUUGGAGUCUGAAUCAUUUGAGAAUAAUGACCAGAUGCCUGAAUCGAUUGUUUCAAAUGAGCAACAACAACAACAAGAUGAAGAAAAAUCCGAAUCGAAUGAAGGAGAAGAAACAUUGGAUCAGCAACAUGAUGAGAAUAGACUACAUGAACAGCUCGAAACAGCUGAUGAAAAUGGAUCAGAAAUUAUUCCACUCGAUUUGGAAAAAAAGGAAUCAACUGAAACAUUGAAAAUGAAAUCUAUUGAAAAUGAUUCAGAAACUAUUCAAGAUGUUGACGCAACAUGGAAUAAUAUAGAAAAUAAUAAUGAUGAUACAUCAUCAAUGAUAGAUGAUGAUCAAAAGCAAUCGAUUAAUAUGGUGGAUAAUGGCGAUGUGGAAGCCGAUGAUGAAAUGAAUGAUGAUCAACAACAAUUAUUGAAAACAUUGAACAUGACCGAAGAAGAAUGGUCGAAAUUGAAUAAAAAUCAAAGACGAAAAUUGAAGAAAAAACAUCGAAAUAAAAUCAAACGUAAAGAACGUGAUGAAAUUGAACGAAUACGUGAAGAGGAACGCCGAAAACAACGAGAACAAAUGGAAGCGGAAUGUAAACGUAAAAAGGAACUCGAAAAGGCUGUUGAAGAAGCGAUGAAACAAGAAGAUGAAGAUGAUGAUAGAAUGGAUAUAGAUGACGAGGAUGCACCGGAAGAAGAAAAGGAACAUAAACGUCUGGAAGAAUUGGAACGACGACGACAAGAACAAUUAGCCAAACAGCGGCAACUUGAAGAAGAAGCUGAAAAGGAAAAGGAAAAUAAAAAAGCCGUCGAUACGGUUGAAAUUGAAUAUAUACCCGAACAUAUGCCCAAAGAUUCUGUGUAUUUACAAUUCCUAAAAGUUUUCGAUAAAUUUUCGGCUGUCAGUUCGGAUGAAGCCCGACGACUGGAACAGGAACGAUUAUCGCAUGAAGCUAGACAACGAAAAGAUGAUCGCGCAAAAUUGUUGGAAUUAAAAAAACCAGUCGAACUUGAACUGAAAGAUGAUGAUGAUAAAGAUGGUGAAAUUGGUGGACAAAAAUUAUCCAAACGUCGAUUAAAACAAAUGACACGAAUGUCUGUUGCUGAUCUCAAACAACAGGUGAAUCAUCCUGAAUUGGUCGAAAUGCAUGAUGUAACUGCCAAAGAUCCGGUUAUACUAUUGUAUUUGAAAUCGACAAGAAAUACAGUACCUGUUCCUAGACAUUGGUGUUAUAAACGAAAAUAUCUGCAAGGAAAACGUGGAUUCGAAAAACCACCAUUCAAACUACCCGAAUUUAUUCGACGAACUGGCAUUCAAGAGAUGCGUGAAGCCGUAUUGGAAAAAGAGGAUGCUAAAUCAUUGAAAACAAAAAUGAAGGAAAAGAUUCGUCCGAAAAUGGGUAAAAUCGACAUUGAUUAUCAAAAGCUUCAUGAUGCUUUUUUCAAAUGGCAAACAAAACCAAAAGUGACCAUCCAUGGUGAUCUCUAUUAUGAAGGUAAAGAAUUCGAGACACGAUUGAAGGACAAGAAACCGGGUGAAUUGACCAACGAAUUGCGACAAGCAUUAGGAAUGCCAACCGGACCAAAUGCUCAUAAAUGUCCUCCACCAUGGUUGAUUGCUAUGCAACGUUAUGGUCCACCACCAUCAUAUCCUAAUAUAAAAAUAGCUGGACUGAAUGCCCCGAUUCCUGAAGGUUGUUGUUUCGGUUAUCAUGCUGGUGGUUGGGGUAAACCACCGGUUGAUGAAUAUGGUCGUCCAUUAUAUGGUGAUGUAUUUGGUGUCACUUCAGCUAUCAGUGACAAUAUACAACCAGAUGAAGAAAUCGAUCGUACACAUUGGGGUGAAAUGGAAUCCGAUGAAGAAGAAGAGGAAGAAUCGGAAGAAGAAGAAGAUGAAGAUAGUGAAAAGAAAGAUGCAGAUGAUACAUCAGGAUUGGUAACGCCAUCAGUCAAUGCUGAAGGUCUUGUAACACCAAGUGGAAUGUCGACGGGUAUACCUUCAGGUCUAGAAACGCCUGAUAUGAUCGAAUUACGUAAACGAAAACAACAAAUAGAAGCAGAAAUGGAAAGUGGAGACCAACAACCACAGUUAUGCACUGUGGUACCAGAGAAGAAGGUGGAUCGAUUCGCCAAAGAUAUGAUGGGCUCAAUGCAUGUUUACGAUUUUGCAUCGUUAUCAAAAACUGGCCAUUCAACAUCAUCCAAAUCAUCAUCGAAUAAUGGAGUAGAAGUGGCUUUGGAUCCAAGCGAUCUUGAAUCCGGAGUCGGUUUGGAUUCAUCAACAAUGGCAGCCAAAUAUGAACAAACAUUACGAGAAACAUCUGGAUCAAAAAAUCCACAUGAAGAUCUUUCCGAUAUGGUCGCUGAACAUGCAUCGAAACAAAAACGUAGAAAACAUGAUCAUCAAAAACAACAGGAAACGUCAAGUGGUUCGUCAACGUCAAAAUCAUCAAAAAAAUAUCAAUUUAAAUUCUAAAAUUGUUCACAUCAUUAUCAUGAUCAUAUUGUAAAAU